AUAUGCGGCUGGGCUAGUCCUUGAAAUAAGAUGAGAGUAUACCAGUGAGCGCCUACGGCUGAGCGAGUCGAAACAAUAAUCGAAAAGCACCUUCAGCCAUUCUCAAAGGAACAUAUCAGAGGAUUACCUUUCCACUACUUCUUGUAAGCACGUUACACCUAUCUCUUUUUUUUAAGAAGUGCAAGAGGGGGCAGAAGGCUUUAUGCAUCCCUAACCAGAAGCAAUUCCUGAAGCCAGUAGGCAGGGAACAGAGGCUGCACACAUUUAACACGCUAACUCCAAGGAUGUGACAGAGCUUAAUUGUCUAUUCUGAUCCCUAAGCGCCUUGUUUUGGGAGCUCAGCUAUGUAACGAGUGGUGCCCGUUCGAUCGCUUCUUUUGGGAAUAAAAGACGGAACUUCGUAAAAUUGAGGCGUGCCUGUCGUAAGCUUUCCUGCUCUUCUGAUGCUACCUGGCCUGUUGUGUUCGUCCAGCUCCACACUGUGUUGUUACCUUUGACUCCAGCAUCGGCAGUUCUUACUAUCUCUGAUUGUUAUGGAGUUGUGUUUCCUUUUCUCAGAAUUACGAGAAAUGACGAUGAGCAGGGGUUCUGAAACCAUACAAUAGCUCCGUCAUGUCAGUUUCUCCAAACGUAAGCAAAGUGGCACUGUGGAGCUGCUCACUUUCACAGUAACUCCGAACAGAGAGAGGGAAGGGUGUGUUUACCGAUCGGUUCACGAAGGGACAUGCCCAAAACCGCGUCAGAUCGCACCGAAUUAGCAGGGGAACGAUCUCAGUUUAAAAUCUCCCCAGCUCGGCCGCAGCAAUGGGGAAAGUGACGAAUUUUACAAUACUCUACGACCGCGCCGUGGACAACAACGUGCCGACCUACAGCUGCGGGGAAUGGGUCUCUGGGCGGAUCAUUGUCGAGGUCAACGCUCAGAUCGAGGUGAAAGCUCUUAAAAUUCACGCCAAAGGACGUCCACUGGAGCGAAACGGACUCGGGCUCUCAGUCCUACACUCAGAAAAUCAGAUACUUCAAACACAAGUACCUGCUGAUAGGAUAUGGAAGACCUCCGACAGUGGUCUUUCCCCACUGCACCUUGGUGGAAGCUGCCCUGAGUUUUAGUCCGUCCCUCAGUACGUAGUCCCGAACGUUGGAAAGUGCCAGUCUGCAACACUCAAUUGGGGUUAACUCCUUGUUCUAGAAGACCAACAAGUUUCAAGCAGACCAAAGAGUGUCUUUCACCGAGCUGAUGGUCCUCCAGGCACAGUGGAUAUUUGUCUCGGUGUGCGUCCCGGGGAACAGACCGUAGAGCACAGGGUCCUACGUCAUGGAGCUGCUCAGGAUAAAUCUUGACAGAAGCCACUGCACCUUUCUCCAGACUGCCUUUGCGAAGGCACAUUCCAGCAGGAGAUGUGUGAUGGUCUCUAUCCACCACCACUCUCCCCCCUGCAGCUGCUUCAAUGACAGUAUGUGGUGGCAUAGACAGACUGGGCAUACAAGAAGAAUCUCACAGGUAGUGCCCUUCUCAACACCAGUCACGCGAUGUCUGGGUGUUUGUUGACAAGUUCUGGUGAUGAGGCAUUCUGCCAAAUGACUUUGACAGUUUGCUCAGGGAACCACAUGACAGGAUCCACCCUCUCCUUUUCUCGAAGGGUCUCAAGGACACUACACGCUGACCACUUCCUGAUGGACUUAUGGUCAAAGUUGUUUUUCUUUGUAAAUUUUUCCAUGAAGAACAGGUGAUACGGAACAACCCAACUACUUAGAGCAUUCCACAGGAUGAGGGCAGCAUUGAGAAUGUUCUUUUCCCCCCCUCCAACAUCUGUACAUACAUAUAAACGUUCAUAAGCACAAGCUGCACUUUUUCCAUCACCAACAAAGACUGCAAAUUUGGGUGGGAGGAAUUUCAUGAGGCUCCGUCAAGUUAUUGUUGUUUCAGAAUUUGUGAAUAUUAAAGGUAUUUGCAGUGCUGA